CCGCCGUAGACGUUUGACAGCUGCCACACGUAAACAUGGCCGAGGAAAGUCUGAUUGAAAGCGACGAUGAAAAUAUUUUGUACGAUUUACUUGUUAUUAAUGAAUGGCCGCCAGAGACAGACACUCAGUUGCGAGGCAACAAGGAGCACAGCACUUCACUCAUUGCAAAAGCAGUGACGGGUCCUUUCCGCAUAAUCCUGCAAUAUUUGAGGUACAGCCCCUCCAGUUCGUCCCUGCUCCCUGGUCUUGUUCGCCUGGCAAACAAACAGAUCAACUGGCAGGUGGUGCUGGCAAGUAAUGGCAAACUCUUGGCAGUGGUUCAGGACCAGUGUGUGGAGAUUAGGUCCGUGAGAGAUGACUUUGGCUCAGUCCUUGGAAAGUGCCAGGUGCCGAAGGACCCAAACCCCCAGUGGCGAAGGGUGGCGUGGAGCCAUGACUGCACCCUGCUGGCCUACGCCGAGAGCACGGGCACCGUGCGCCUUUUCGACCUCAUGGGCAGUGAACUCUUCGUCAUCCCGCCGGGUGCGAGUUUUCCUGGGGAUUUCAGCUGCGCAGUGGCAGGCCUGAUCUUCCUGGAGUACACGACCAGCGCCCAGUGGUCAGCUGAGCUGCUUGUCAUCACGUACGGCGGCGGGCUGAAGAGCUAUCUGGUCAGUGUGGGAACCAACCAGAACUUCCAGGAGAACCACAGUUUCAGUUUUGCUGCACACCACUCCCACGGCAUCACCUCGGCUGUUUACCACCCAGGCCACCGAUUGCUGCUGGUGGGAGGCUGCGAGUCGGGGACUGACUGUUCGUCUAAGGCCUCGUGCUGCGGUCUCAGCGCCUGGAGGGCUCUGUCCGGCUCGCCACACUACAAGCAGGUCACCAGCUAUGAGGACGAUGUCAGCGUGAAUCAGAAGAGAAGUUUCUUUCGGAUGCCCAGCUUCAGGUUCUUUUCAAAACAAGGAGAUGAAAAGGACGGUGUUUUCCGCAUGAGCCUGAGUCCCGACGGCACCCUGCUGGCAGUCAUCCACUUCUCCGGCCGCCUGUCUCUGUGGGACGUGCCCUCCCUUAAACAGAGGGCUGCAUGGAGCCAAGACCAACAGCCGGGAUUUGAGGAGAUCAACCCAGAGUGGAAGACAUCACUGGAGAGAAGGAAGAAGAUAAAAGAUAAGGAGCAGUACUACCCGCUGGUGGACGUCAGCUGGUGGAGCGAUAACGUGUUGAUUCUGGCGCGAUGUUCGGGCUCCGUCACCGUGUCGUCGGCCAGGACGCUCCUCAACCUCCUGGGCAAGUCGUGCGAGUGGUUCGAGCCCUCGCCUCGGGUCACGGCUGCACACGACGGGGGUUUCCUCAGCCUGGAGUGUGAGGUGAAGCUGGCCCAAAAGCGUGGGCGUCUGGAGAGCAACCUGAGCGGCGGGGCCAGCGACGACGAGGAGGGCGACGACGGAGGCGACUCUGACUCAGACGACGAGUCGUCGGCCAAAGCCCGCUACUUUGGCUACAUCAAGCAAGGCCUGUAUUACGUGACGGAGAUGGAGCGCUUCGCCCCGCCACGCAAACGACCCCGCACCGUCAUCAAGAACUACCGUCUGGUCAGCCUGAGGUCAACGACACCAGAGGAACUGUACCAGAGGAAGAUCGACAAUGAGGAAUACGGUGAAGCCCUGUCUCUCGCCCAGGCUUAUAACCUGGACUCCGACCUGGUCUACCAGAGGCAGUGGAGGAAGAGCACUGUCAGCCAUGCGUCAAUACAGGACUACCUGAGUAAGAUCCGCAAGCGCUCGUGGGUGCUGCACGAGUGUGUGGAACGCGUCCCAGAGAAUGUGGACGCAGCCAAGGAGCUGCUUCAGUACGGACUGAAGGGAACCGACCUCGAGGCUCUCCUGGCUAUAGGAAACGGCGAGGACGGGGGCCGGUUCAUCAUGCCUGGCGACGUCGACCUGGACGACCAACCUUACGAGGACCUCCUGUCGGUCGAUGAGGAGGUGGAGAGGAAGAUGGAGCGGGAGACCAGGAAGAGACAGGAACUGCUCGCCAAAGUUGACUUCAGCAGACUGACUCUGGAGCAGAAGGAGCUGUGUCGGAGCCGACUUAAGCUGCUGUCCUACCUGGACCGCCUGGCCACGUAUGAGGAGAUACUCGGCGGCCCUCAUGCAGCGGAGCAGAAAUAUGAUGCGGAGUUCUUCAAGAAGUUCCGCAGUCAAAAUAUUGUACUGUCAGCGAGAAACUACGCCCGGGAGAGUAACGUGCAGGCUCUGGACAUCCUGUUCACGUACCACGGAGCUGAACUCCUCCAGCAUCGCCUGGCGCUCCUUUACAACUUCCCAGAAACUACCUCCCCUCACGAAUACACCAUCCUGCUGCCUGAAGCCUGUCCGGACGAGGGAGGCGAGCUGGUGUUGAUUCCAUGGGACGAGCAGAGGCACAGGGAGAUGGACUGGUGCGAGGCCGCUGAGUGCAGAGCUGUGCUGGACCAGAGCCUGUUAGAUGACGACAGCUUCCUGUACGAAGAGUCCCCAGAACUGCUGAGGUUUCGUACCGCGAACCCCCCCAUCGAGCUGUUGACUGACUGGUACCAGAGCAGAGCCCAGGACGUGGACUCCUGCUCUAGACAGGUGGACUGCGCCCUGGCGCUGGUCCGUCUGGGGAGGGAGCGGGAGAUCCCGGCGCUGGAGGUCCUGUGCGACGACUUGAUCACCAUGGAAACGCUCGUGUACGAGACGUCGUGCGAAUUGAGCCUGACGCUGAAAGAUCUGCAGCAGUUAAGCAACAUCGACAAGCUCCGCCUUCUCAUGAAAAACUCGACAAAGGAGCGCUAUGUGAAAGACGCCUUUCAGUGGAUGGUGCCGUUUCUUCACCGAUGCGAGGGCCAGAAAGAAGGCGCUGCCAAGUCUCUGCUCAGAGAGUACCUGGUCAGCCUGGCGCAGCAAGACCUCACCUUGCCCCUCAUCAUCUUCCAGCACUCCAAACCAGACUGCCAGCAGAAGAUCGUUGGGGACCCAGACCAGCUGAUGGUGGUUGCCCUGGAGUGCAUCUACAGCUGCGAGAGAGAUGACCAGCUCAGUCUCUGUUAUGACAUCCUGGAGUGUCUGCCGCAGAGGGGCUACGGGCCUCAGACGGACGCCACGGCAUCGCUCCACGAUCAGGUGGACAAACUUGAGAAGCACCUCAGCGUGGUGGAGGUUCUGGAGAAACACGGUCUGCAGAAGCCCAUCUUGUACGUGAAGAACAGCCAGAGCAGCAGAGAGGAAGCCAACCAACUCAUGGUCAAACUGUGCCGCCACACCGGCCGCAAAUCCCCCCCAGUGAGUGAGACGUUGUGGAGAGGUCUCCUGCAGGAUCUUCUGGACAUGCAGCAGAAUGUUUACACCUGUCUCAAACCCGAGGCGUGUCACCAAGUCUUCGUGGAGUCCCUGCUGUGCUCCAGCCGUGUAGAGAACGUGCGCCUGGCCGGACAGCUCAUGCACUGCUCCAAGGUCAGCCAGGAUGUUCCUGUCAGCUUGUCCUUCCGGGGUAAAGGUUACGCUUUGAAAGUGGCCUAUAACAACAGCGUGGAACUGGUGUUGGCUGCAGCCAGAGAGUACUUCAACUCCUCCACCACGCUGACAGACCCCUGCAUGGGCCUGGCCAGGGUGUGUCUCCAGCUCAUCACGGACUGUCCACCAGCAAUUCAGGAGGAGCUGGACCUCAUCAGUGCCCUGAGCCAGCUGGAGGACUUCAACGUCAGCAUCCUGCCCCUGCAAGUGCGCCUGCGAUCCGAUCGUCUGACCAUCAUGGAGGAGUGCAUCGCCCACUGCUCCACGGCCUACAAGCAGUCCACCACCCUCCUGAACCUGGCCUCGCUCCUCAGAGUGGCAGGAGAUGACGAGAGCACGCGGAAAGGUCAGCUGCUGACCCUGCUGGCGGAGCAGGCCCUCCAGUGUCUGGACUUCAAGGCUUCCUACAUUCACUGCCAGGACCUCAUGGCUGCAGGCUACAGCCCGGCAUGGGAGGUAUGCAGCCUGCUGGGCCAGUGCGAGGGAUACGGGGACCUGGAGGCCCGGCAGGAGCUCUUGGCCUUCUCCCUCACCCACUGCCCGCCUGACGCCAUCCACGGCCUGCUGGCCGCCUCCAGUGACCUGCAGACCCAGGUGUUGUACCGGACAGUCAACUAUCAAAUGGAGCCUGUUAACACACAGAGUGGACUUGAGGCAGAGGAGACCAGCGCUGUAAAGACUGUCGCUCCCACUGCUGGCUCCUCUGGGGGGGCGGCCGGCGACCUGCUGCACAGAACUACAGCCAAAACCAUGAAAGUGCUGACCACCACGGGGCUGACCACCAAGGCUGUGCUGACCGCCGUCAGCGACCACCGCUGGUGGAAGGAAUCGCUCAACUAUCUGCGGCCGCUGCAGGGUCACGGCACGGGAGCCGCUAUUCGGAGCGACGCGUGCGAGAACUCAAACCUGGAACGUCAAGGCUGCGGCCCCUUUUAUCAAGAGCUUGUUGAGGAUCCCUAUGUAGACCUGAGUCAAGACGUGUAUUCGACCUACAAAGCCGUGCCUCAGGAAAACUUCGCCGAGGUUUUGCUGAGGACGGGCAAACUGGCUGAGGUCAAAACCGAAGGAAAAACCCUGUUUCCUGCUACGGAAGUGUUGCUGCAACUGGCCAACGACGCGUUUCCCAGGGACAUGAUGCUGGCUCUGUCCUACUUACUGGCCUUGCCUCAGGUAUUGGAUGCCAACCAGUGUUUUGAGAAGCAGUGUCACUCCGCCCUGUCGCUGCAGCUGGCCGCCUACUACUACUCCCUGCAGAUCUACUCCAGACUCAUACCCUGCUUCAAGGACAAGAACCACACUCUCUACCAGGCCGACCCCAAGGAGCUGAUCCGCUCGGUCACGCAGCACGUGUCCGCUCGUUCCGACUGGCCGGAGGAGCUGCAGACGAUGAUCUUCCAGCUGCACGCGUACAACGAGCGCUUGAGGGACUUCACCCAGGCCCAGGUUCUGCAGGGCCUCGGCCGCGGCGUGGACGUCCAGCGCUUCAGCUCCGACGCCCAUUACAAGAAGGAGACCAUACUUGGUCUCACGGAGACGCUGGAUAGCGGUGUGUACAGAAUCGCUCUGUCACUAGCUAAUCGCUACAAUGUUCCUCUGUGGGAGGUCUACAUGACUCACCUAGAGUUCCUCUUUACAGAUAGCGGCCUUUCAACCAAGGAUAUUGAAGCCCGAAGCGAGUCGCUCAGCCUGUUCGACACUUUGAAGUGCGACCCCCAGGCUUUUUACAACCACAUGACCAAAUACGUUCUGCCCAGCGUGGAGGGGACCGAUAUGGGCCGCCUGCUCUACUACUACACCUUACUGGACGCUGCGGGCUGCGAGCGCUACGUCACCACCACCAUCAAACCGGACUCCCACGUCAAGCUGCUCAAGAAGCUCCGAGCUGUCGCCAACGGCCUCGACUACCGGAAGCUAACGGACGAAUCGCUGGACCCCUUGGCCGUCCUCCAGCCAGCGCUGACCAGUCAGAACGUGCUGUCCAUCUCCAAACUGGCCAAUCGGCUGCCGCUGCCCGGCGGCGGCGGCGGCGCCACCGCCUCCUCCAGCGGCGUCCACGCCGUCUGGCUGCAGAAGCUGUUCUGGGACGGAGACCCGCAGCUGCUGAAACGGCAGCCGCAGUCGGAGCAGGACCACCUCCACGCUUACGACACCUGCGCUAAAUACCUGGACAGGCUGCUCCCCGCGGACGCUGUGCGCUUCCUGGACAGCAUCACCUUCUCACCCAAUGCAGUCAGACGUCUGGGCAUCCAGACGAGGUCAGAGGUGAUAAAGCGAGCCACCAAAGCCCUGCGGCAGCUGGGUGAGAAGAGCAGGAAGCGGGGAUGCGACGGCGGCGGGGAGACGGAGGGGAGGGGCCCAGCGGGGAUGACUUUCGAUGAGGCAGUCGCCCACCUGCAGCAAUCACAGGCCCACCUGGACACCCUGAACCAUGUCUUCAUUGUGUCACUCAGAGACAGCCAGCAGGAACAGCUCCAGGGUUACAGUCAACUUUAUGAUUUGUCCCGAUCCGAGAGGUCAAAAGUACACGAUCUGGCAGUCACCAUGGCAACAGACGGGCAGCCUCUGGAGCGCAUUGUUGAGCUGCUGCGCGUGGCGGUUGGACCCCUUGACUUGUCUGUGAAAACUGUGCUCCAUGAUGCAGUGAACAGAAUAGUGGCUGCACUCAGUGGACACUCCGAUGCCCUGACAAAUUACCCACAACCCCUCCGGGUCCUGGAGGCCAUGGUGACCGCUGUGCACAACAAUGUCCAGGCUGGUGACAGCGCAGUGACCUCGGAUGACCUCCUGGCGUGGCUGCGUCCGUUCUGCGGCGACGCCUCGCUCCCGGUGCGUCCCCGCAUCGACGUCCUGCAGAUCCUGGAGAGUAACUUCAGCCUCCGAGACGCCGACGUCCGCCUCCUGCUGCUCUACAGAACUAAAGCCGUCCUCAAAGACAGGGAGGUCCGGAUAGAAGACGUGGAGGACGAGGAGAAAAGGCGCGGCCUCUUCCUGGAGCUGCUGGACGCGGCGGAGAAGUGGGAGGAUUUCCAGCUGCUCAUGCUUCUCCUGCAAGCAUGGCCUCCCAUGAUCAAAGAGGCAGAGUCCGAGCGUAACCCGUGGGUGGUCUUAACCUCCGCCCUGCUGACUCGCUGCCAGGGGUCAGAGGUCACGGCAGACCUGGGCCAGCAGGUAGUGGCCAUGGUGCGAUCGCUGUACAGCACCAAACACAAACUCCCCGUACAGUGCGUAGGACACAUAAGCGCCCUGCUGCUCCAGCAGCAGCCCUGCCUCCAGCAGCCUGCACUCAAACUGAUGGCCGAGAGCGGCGAUGAGCAGCUGCUGCAGCUGACGCUGGAUCAGAUCAACAGCAUGUCCGCGGCGACGGCGGCCGCCUGCGACGCCGAGCUCCUGUCGCUGCUGCUGGACGCCGGGCUGCUGGUGGGCUGCGCGGCCUCGGCGCUGUACCCCCCGCUCAGCGCCCACAUGCUGGCCCGGCCGGGGGGGCGGGGGCGCGGCCGGGACGUGGAGCGGGCCGCGGCGGCGCUGCUGGCGGCGGGCCACGGGCCGCAGGCGGGCGCCCUGCUGCUGGCGCACCGCGGGAGCCACCCGGCGCAGGUCACCUUCAACGCCGCCCUGGCUGCGCUCAAGAAGUGGCUGUGAGGAGGAAGAAGAAGAAGGGGGGGGGUGAUUAGCACGAGGCCAGGACGCAGGUGAUGCCAGGCUCGCACCUCUGCAUUUUCCCCCUGUAAUUGGGCUGCAGGUUCAUCUGCGGACGACACGUCAACAGCUGCGGCUGCGCCGCGCGUACCUUUUUUUUUAAUGGUUCAACAUCUGCUCAAUUAGGAGCACGCGCGGCCGAGAGGCGACGCGAGGCUCCGUCAGACCGAGGGUUGAUCUGUGUGUGUGUGUGUGUGUGUGUGUGUGUGUGUGUGUGUGUGUGUGUGUGUGUGUGUGUGUGUGUGUGUGUGUGUGUGUGUGUGUGUCCUAUUGUGCGAUAGCGUAAUUGAGCGGUAGCCGGGAAGCGGUGGGUGGAUAUUAGCCUAUUGUUCCGUGACAGGUUUUGCCUCUUUGACGUCCUAUCGUUAAACACGCUGCCUCUGCGCCAUUGUUUCCCCCCUAAUAAUGUCUAAUUAAUUCCCGCUAAACAAAUUAGCCCGGAAGCUGCCCCACACUGCGCGGAUACACAAAUACUGCACGCGCGCACCGCCGCGCGCAGCUAAUGACGACGAGGGAAGAAUAUGGACGCGAGUGUGUAAAAAUGCCAGUUUUUUCCUCUGUCCGAGCUCAAAUAAAGACCGUCUGACGACA